AUGAUUAAAAUUGCAAUAAUUUGUGGAAUACUAUUAUCUGUUGCGAAAAGCAAUGCCGAUGAAUGUAAAAAAAUACUAAAAGAAUUGGCUAACGCAGAGAUGAUUUUCGCAUAUUGUGUCACAAUGCAUUCCGUUCCGGUUACAAUUUGUGUCGGUUGCCGAGAACAAUACGAGUUAAUGGAUGCAAAUUACACGGCAUUUAAAGAUAAUUCCAACUGUACUGCGGAAUAUUUCGAUAAGGAUCGUGUUAAUCUGGUGGCAGCAACCGAAGAGUCAUUGAAUAAACUAUGGACAAAGGCGUACUGUGAUGAUUGUUACAGAAAUGAUAAUCUCGAAACAUUUAACAAUUUGAGCACAGCAUUGGAUGGUUGUCUUGGACAACAUCAUGAAGACCCGUGUGGGAAUUGUAUAUUGCAGUAUAAAGAAUUAAAUAACUUUUAUGUGGAAAUGGAUGACCAUAACAACGGCAAAGUGUGCUUCGAUCUUCAAGAUUCGAUGAAUCGUACAAGAAAUAACUGGUCCAAAGUUUUAAAAUGCUGUCGUCGUGAAUUCAAUAUGACUUUGUAUACAGUAGCACUAAGCAUAAUUUGUGCUUUGCCCAUAUUAUUUUAUAGUGCAACUUAUUUUAUUACCAAGCGACAAGAAAGACAGCAUGGUAUGCUUACCGAUGAAGAUCCAUUGAUAACGACACCAUCGGCAUCUUCAAGUUCCAGAGCUGGUAUUUCGAGCAAUAUUCCCAACAAUUCAUUGCCAACAACAUCAACACCGCCUGUUUUGAGAAAUAACAUGGCAAGUACCAGCACUAACGCAACAAACGAUAUAAAAACGAAUCAAAAAAUUAACAAAUUACAAGACAGCGAUGAAAGUUCCGAUGAGGAAGUUUUACAAAAACCUAAAUAUGUGUAA